AAUAUUAUUAAUGACUUUCUGAUAAAUAGCAAUACUGAUCCUAAAAACUCAAAAUAUUCGUGGUACACUCAAAGUUGUUUUGCCAUCUGCUUCGUGUGACAGACAGAUAUUUGGGGCUAGUUUUAGCUUCUGAAGGGCGUGUUUUAGACUGACUUUGGGCUGGAUAUUUUUGUUGGACCUGGCAACCCCGCUAGAAGUAGAAAUCUUUACUUUACUUUCACUUUGUCGCUGCCCCAUUGAAUCGAGCUAGAUAUCUGUGCUACCGUUAACCUGCUAGGAGCCGUUAUACUUUAUGUUCUAUAUCCAGGAAUGUGGUGCUUACACCCGAAGAAACGAUGGACAGACAGGAUAAGAACCGUGAUGCUCGUCGCAGUGCAUCUCCUCAGUGUCUUUUCUGAAUCGUCAGGAGUCCAUUUUCAUCAAGCCACAUUCAUUUAUACAACUAGAACCACAAUCCUUCCUAAAUGCAUGGCGACAACAUUUACUGAUGGACUGCAAAUUUCUUACUAUGACAGUAAUAGCAAGACCUUUAAAAGCUCCUGGGGGUGGGUGAGGGAAUCCAUGAAUAAAUCUUGGGAGCUUUUCAAAGAUUUCUAUUUAUCGGAGUAUGGAAGACUUGAACAUGACUUCAACCUUGCUUUGGAGCACGUUAGAAGUAAGGAAGAUAUUUCAGUGGAUAUGUAACUGUACAUGGGAUGAUAAAAGUGGUGAUUGCAGCGGGUAUGAGAAGUACGGACGCAAUGGAAAAGAUUUCAUUACACUGGAUGUAAUGAAGAGAAGCUACAUCUCUCACACACCAGAGGCCAUCCACAUCACAGACCUAUGGAACAAAGACAAGGCCAGGCUUGAGUCUGUAAUACACCACUACACCUCGGCAUGCGCUAAAUUAGUGAAGAUAUCUGUCCCCAAAUUGCAGAGAGCAGUUCCUCCUGAGGUCUAUCUGUGGCAGAAAAAUUCCUCAGUGGUGUGUCUUGCUACAGGCGUUUACUCCAAAACAACAAAGGUGAUGUGGCAAAAGGACAGUGAGGACAUCCAUGAGAAUGUGGAUGAAGGAGAGACUUUAUGUAAUGGUGAUGGAACCUUCCAGAAGAGGAGCUCCCUCAGAGUGAAGCCUGAAGAGUGGAAGAACCACCAGUACAGCUGUGUUGUUUUUGAUCAGAACUGGAAAGACAAGAUCAUCAAAAACCUAACUGAGGAGGAGAUCAAGAAAGGUAAAGAUGUUUCUAAGUAUCAUAAAACAAAAACAUUUUUGUGUACAAAAGUAAGAACCAGUAUUUCCCUCACAUGCAUUUUACAACUUGCAAAAAGGCUUUUCCUCAAACUACACAUAUAUAUUAGAGAGUGCAAAAAAAGAGCACAGUUAAUUUUAAAUUAAAUGUUUUAAAUAAUAAAAAAAAAUUAUCUCUUCUGGACAUUUGGACCCUGGUGGAUUAUCUGUAUUAAUUCUGUGCAUUUUGCCAUUUUCAGUCAUAUUGAUCAGAGUUGUGUGUAAUUUGUUGUUUGCAGAAC